AGUGCUUUACCAGCUUAGGUCAUAAUGUUUUUUAUCCCUUUGAGUUUAGUUGUCUUUUUGCUUUUAGAGACGGCUGUUCUGUUUUAUUCAAGCUUUAAAUACUAUGGUUUUUUUGGGGAGAAAAAUACAAUUUGAGUGUUUCUUCUCAAACAGAAACCAGUAUUUUCUCAACAGUCACUUGCCACAUUUCUUGUGGUUGGCGCUCUGUUUGCGCUGAUGUUCUUAGGAACCGUAACUUAUGACUUUAAAAACUCGAUUUGUUAUAUAUGGAUGACAAGGCAGAUGAAUGACAUUUCAUUCAUCUCCAUCUCUAUAUUGUGUUUAAAUUAUUAUUUUUAUCACUGAAUAUUUCUGCUGUGAUUAGAAUCCCAUAACUGAUCAGUCUUUUGCUUUUUCACUUCAGUUCCUCCAAAUUUUAGUCACGGCAAAGAUACUUUUGGUUACGAUGAUGUUUUUCCUCCACCUGCUGUGGACAGUUAUGUUCACACCAGCUGGUAGUCAUUGAGGCUUCACUUCCACACUCAGAUUAUCAGUUCUUUCAAUGAUCUGUAAUGGUGAGACCUCAUCAUCUCUGGCUUUGGUUGACUAAAAGGACAUUUGCUCAAUGAGAAAUGUGUUUGGUUACAUUGAGAAAAUCUGCAAAGGUUACAAAGGUUACACCUUCACCAUGCCUGUUAUGUCCAAUGAGUUGGUUACAACUAAUUCAAAUAACUGAAAACAGCAUGAAAAAAGCACCAUGAAAAUUGAUUUUACUUUUGUCAAAAUAUUUAUAUAAUAUAUAUAAUUAUAUAAUAUAAUUAAUCCAUCAGGCAAUUGUUGCAGCCUGUUGCAUAUUGUCAUAUGUUGUGUGUGAAAUAAUAGAUUUAGAAGUACAAUAUAAUUAUGCCAUCAGAAGAAAAUAUUCGAGUAGGGUACAAAUACCUCAAACGUGUAUUUUGUUACUUUCUGCCAUACACUGCAGUUAAUGUAACAUAAGCUUACAAUUGGCCAAUAAAAGUAAGCAGAAACGCUUCUCAAGAACAUUGGGAAAGAAAAAUAAUGAGAGCUUGAAAUAUCCCAAACAAGGUCAAAUCAAACCUAAAGGUGUUUAAACAAUAUUAUCUUAACAGAGAACUGCAUGAGGAGAGAGUAAUGAAACUAACUACUCCUUGUUUUCCCCUUGGCUGUGAACUCCCUCCAGCUUAUCUGGGGGAGGGAGGGAGGCACAAUGACAGCUGCUGCCUGUUCAGGAACCGCUACCUUAAUUGUUUCGGCGGUUUCCAACGGAGAGGCUGGAGUUUGAACGCAGAGACAGUUCGGUGUGGGCGCAGCCAGGCAUGAAACACUUUGAACUGGCUACGUUUUAAUUGGCCUGCGCCCCCCCCCCCCGGGAGAUGGAAGUGUGUUAUUGAGUUUGUGGGUCCUGAUUCCGUGCAGUCAGCCGGUAGCAGGUGAUAAUCCUCACUUCUGCCUCUCAUUGGAGCUGCUGGUGUAAUCCAGUGAUUUCACUCAAAACCGCCGCCAAAUAAUAUUUGUUGUGUCUCCGGGGAAUGUGAUUGUGCGAUUUCUUUAGAAUCACUGCUGCUUAUCGGGAAUGGAGAACCUCACGCCCGAACAAUGGCGCGAGAUCAUGAGCAGGAAGAUGCGCUUCCCCCCGGAGCUCAUCGGGGCCAUUCAAGAGGGGAAAAUAGAGCUGCUGUGUGGGCUGCUGAAGACCGGCGACGGCAUCAUCCGCCAGCUGGAUGAGUCCGAGGAUCGCCAGUGGAGGGAAGCUCUCAACCUGUCCAUCCGCCUGGGCAACGAGAGCUGCAUGGACGCCCUCCUGCAGGGGGUCAAGUUUGACUUCCGGCAGAUUCACGAGGCCCUGCUCGUUGCUGUAGACACCAACCAGCCCAGAGUGGUGAAGCGCCUGCUGGACCGCCUGGACCAGGAGAAAGGCAACAAGAUGGACGUGCGCUCCUUCUCCCAGGCCAUCUUUGACCACUCCAUUGACAACUCCCAGUUUGCCCCCGGUGUGACUCCUCUGACGUUAGCCUGCCAGAAAGACCUGUAUGAUAUCGUGACCAUGCUCACCAAAAAGGGUCACAUCAUCCCGUGGCCGCAUAAGAUAUCCUGUGCGUGUCUGGAGUGUCGCAACGGCCGGCAGUACGACCUUCUGAAGUUCUCCUUGUCUCGCAUCAACACCUACCGUGGCAUCGCCAGCCGCGCCUACCUCUCCAUCACCUCUGAAGACGCCAUGCUCAGAGCUUUCAGCCUCAGCAGAGAGCUCCGUAAGCUCUCGCAGAAAGAGCCGGAGUUCAAGCCUCAGUAUCUGGGCCUGGAGGAGCUUUGCCAGGAGUUUGCCGUUGAGUUGCUGGGCAUGUGUCGCAACCAGAGCGAGGUGACCACCAUCCUGAACAGCUGCGGAGACGAGAGCCAGGACUCUUUAGAGGAGCAGGCCUUUGAGGAGGGAAUCCCCAACCUGUCCCGUCUGCGUCUUGCCGUCAACUACAACCAGAAGCAGUUUGUGGCCCACCCAAUCUGCCAGCAGGUGCUGUCAUCUAUCUGGUGUGGGAACCUGGCAGGCUGGAGAGGCAGCAGGACGGCCUGGAAGCUGCUUGUAUCCUUGGGGAUCUUCUUCACAAUGCCCUUCCUCUGCCUCGUCUACUGGAUCGCACCAAAGUCAAAGUUUGGGAAGGUAAUAAAGACUCCUGUGAUCAAGUUUCUCCUUCACUCUGCCUCCUAUCUGUGGUUUCUCAUUACGUUACUCGGAGAAUCGAUGGCAAUGGAGAUUCAUCAGGGCAAAUUUUCAUCCCGGCAGCAGAACAUGCUGCACAGCUCCUUCCACAUGGUGUGGGUGGUCGGAUUCUUCUGGUACGAGUGUAAGGAAGUGUGGAUCGAGGGGCUGCGGUGCUACUUCCUGGACUGGUGGAACUGCCUGGAUGUGAUGGUGCUCAGCAUGUACCUGGCGUCUUUUGCGCUACGUUUGCUUAUAAUGCUCAAAGGUUACUUCCUCUGCCGUGACCUCGACGGCGCAGACGAGUGCACCUACUUCACUCAGACCGAGCGCAAGGACUGGCAUCAGGAGGACCCGCAGCUGAUCGCAGAGGUGCUGUUUGCCGUGACGAGCAUGUUGAGCUUCACGCGGCUGGCGUACAUCCUGCCAGCGCACGAGUCCCUGGGGACCCUGCAGAUCUCCAUCGGGAAGAUGAUUGACGACAUGAUGAGAUUUAUGUUUAUACUGAUGAUCAUUGGAACGGCCUUCCUCUGUGGCCUCAACAAUGUCUAUGUUCCUUAUGCCAUCUCUCCACAUCUUGGCAGGUUUAAUGAGACGUUCCACUUCCUCUUUUGGACCAUGUUCGGCGUGGCCAACCAGGAUUAUGUGGACAUGCCACAGUUUGCGUUGGCGGAGUUUGUCGGAAGGGUGUUGUACGGCAUCUUCACGCUCGUCAUCGUCAUUGUCCUGCUCAACAUGCUUAUUGCCAUGAUCACCAACUCCUUUCAGAAAAUUGAGGACGAUGCAGAUGUUGAGUGGAAAUUUGCCAGAUCGAAGCUGUACCUUAGUUACUUCAGAGAAGGGCUCACCAUUCCUGUGCCCUUUAACAUCAUCCCCUCCCCCAAAGCUGUGUUUUACAUAUUAAGGUGUAUCUUCAGACAAAUCUGCUGCUGCUGCACUUUUAAUUCUGAAAACAAAUAUCCAGACCUGCCAUCCAUGAGCAAAGAUAAGGUAUCUGAAGGCAGCCAGUUGCCUUACCGCCAGCAGGUGAUCAGAGCUCUGGUGCAACGCUACAUUGAAUCGGCACGCAGGGAGUUUGAGGAGACAAAGAGGAAAGAUAUCGGAAAUCGGAUCACUUCGCUGACCAAAACGGUCACCAGAAUGCACAGUGACAUGAAAGUGCUCCACCAGGUUUUGAUGGAUGACGGACGCGCUGCAAGCGACGCGUUGACAAGAGACGGCUCCUCCUUUCUGGGAAAAUACAUUGUUGGUGCCAAGAACAAUUUCGUAGGUUUUAACAGCAAACUAGAUGAGAAAAACACCUCACUUGAAGUGACAGUGCACCAUGGAGGAGGAGGGGUCGAGACAGAGGGAUCGAAGGACGAAACGGAUCGGGAUGUGAUGGAAAUGGAGGAAGGCAGAGCUAAAAUAGAACCAGGAGAAGAGAAGGAAAGUGAGAAUAAAAAGCAGGUGGAAGCAGACAAAACUGAAGUAAAGGAGGUAGUGGUGGCAGGGAAGAGUUUUAAUCAUUCAGAGGAGAAGCAAAAAGAAGAGGAUGAAGCAGAAGGAAGAAGAGCGGGCGAGAUACUCCCCAAACACACAGAGAAGACCUCCCAAAAAGCUCAAGGCAACAAAGUCAACAAUGAAGAGACGGACAUAAAGAAAGUGGCGAACAAGGUCAAAGACGUAGAGCUGCGAGAACAAAAAGUGGGGUCAGAAUGGAGGAAUGAUGGCGCAUUUGAACCCGAUGGACCAAAGAAGUCUGGUGUCAGCCAGAGCAACGCAACACCCGCAGCCAAGAAAACCAUUCCCUCGCCAACGGGCAGCAGCAGCUCCCACGACACGGGCUUCAGUGAUGACGGGGCGAUAGUGACUCCAUAGCUUCGGAGACUAGCAAGUGUGAUGAGAGGUAAAAGUUCCGCCUUUUCAGAGUAUAGUCUUGCACUUUCAUUUCAUUUAGAGGUGCAUCUAGGUGGGAUAUGUCAGACAGGAAUGUAUUGAGUAAAAAGAUAUAACGCUAAACCUAAUUAGCUGCUGGAUGUAGCUUCAUAUUCACAGAGAAGACAUGAGCGGGGGAUAUUUCGCAAUAUACAGGGCCUGUAAACGCUAAGCUUAAAUGGGUUGAAAUAGCAAAAUACAUAAGGAAAUAUAUUUCUUCCAGUUGGGCUUUUGGCUCUUUAUGCUACACUCACUCAUUUACUAUAUGUAUAUUUAAUGUAUGGCAUUAAAAACGAUUUAAUUGCAAAAGGC